CGCUGGUUUUCUAUCACUGAAUUUAAAUCCGUAAAGGGUAUACGGCGUAAAGCAUACUUGUAAGGGUAUACGGCGCAAUGCAUACUUGUAAGGCAACUAGUAACGGAAAGGCACUUAGCAAUUCCGUCGCGAGCCAUUUCUAGAACUGGCACGUCGGGAACCGCAUGAGCGCCAACAACGGCGGCUACGCCGUCUUCCAGGCGCUCCUGGGCUUCAAGAACAUGUGGUGGUUCCGCACCGAGACGCGAUCCGACUUUGGCUUCUACUUCAAGAUAGCCGGGAGCGCCGUCAACGCGCAGUCCCUGAACAAUGUCCAGCAGUGGAUCGGCGAGUGGGCCGCGGCCUCGGGCCUCACGAUCCAGAACUACCAGGAGACCAAUGGGUU